UUUUUUACGAAGAAAUUUUAAUGUUAUCGUAAUUUUCACAAUUAUGAGGUCUUUCACUUUAAGGUUCAACAGAAGAUACAUUUUCUAUGUGAUUUAGCUAAUUUGAUACGUGAAUUUAUUUAGCACUUGUAAUUCACGCUACACUUUGAUAAUGUUUUAAAAAUGCCGAGAUAAUGUAGUAUAUAUUUUGUAAUGAGAUCUACUGCUUUUGCGAGUAUUAAUUUAAAAGAAAAACUAAUAUUUCUUUUUAUUGAUUUACUACGCGUUUUCAUUGUUUAAACUACAUAGUCCCGACGAUUUUGUUACUUCGCAGCAACCGUUAUCACGGGCGGACGAGAUGAAAAAAAUAGUUGAAAUAAUAAAAAAACGCUUUGUAAAUACGAAAAUAUUAGUUUUAUUUUAAAUAACAAACUACAUACUAUUUAUAUAUCUAUAAUAUAAAAAUGAAUCGCUAAAUGUGUUGGUAAGCGCAUAACUCAAGAACGCCUGGACCAAUUUGGCCAAUUCUUUUUUUUAAAUAUUCGUCGAAGGUCAAGGAUGAUUUUUACGGCGAAAAAAUACCAAAUAAUUGCCGGAAAAACCUUAAAAACAGUCCUUUUCUUUAUCCCAUACAAACGUUUUCUAACUAAUACGUACAGUCAAUUUGAGCUUUAUUGCUAAUGUAUAAAGUUCACUGUUGUCUAAGCAAUGUAGGUGUGUUCCUAACAUCAAAGCAGUGUGCGUUGGAGCACAGAAUAUAAUAAUGUAAUGUCGCGUUCUGAAACUCAACAAAAGUGAUAUCGCGGACCCGACUAAAUUGACCAGUCACAAAAUGUAAUGAAUCAUUAGUUAUUUCGUUGACUUCGCGAUAUUAGUUCUUUUGUUUUAUUUUAAAAUACAUGUUAUCCCGUCAUUACAUCAGACAAACACAACCGUUACUAAAAGUCCAUGACUCCAAGUCAUAUCAAAUUAAAAAAAAAAAAAAAAAUAAGAAAAAAGACCGUUGUCGAUUGGAGGUGUUGUUUUUCUUAGAUUUUCUGUUACGUCCUCUACUGAGUUUGCUUUUGUCAACAAUACGAAUCAAAUUCGUGUAUCGUGCUUUGUGCAGUGUUUAAUUACCUUUGAUCAUUAAUUAUUGCAUGUGGCAUAAUAAUUAAUAAUAUAGAUAUGCCUCCUGUAAGAUGAGGAAAUUUAGAUAGAAGAACCCGAAAUGCUACAAACCAAGCUAAUUACCGAUCUAAUCAUACCGCACAAAAACGUGACGACCGAAAUGAACGUGAAAGACUUCGGAUAUCACAAACGCGUGAAGCGCGAGCGAAACAUUCAACUAAUAAUCGCGCAAGUUUGAAUCGAGCUGCUUUCUGUUACGAUAUGUCAAUUGACUACACUAACUACCAAUGUGUUGUUAUUGGUUCUAUGAACACGGUUUGCUCACAUAGUAAGGCAUUGAAAUACAAAAACGAAGCCAAUGGAUUGUGUUGCGCAAAUGGUAAAGUGAAAUUGAUACCAUUGGAUCCACCACCAGAGCCAUUGUACUCAUUGGUUUCAGGAAUAGGAACAGAUUCCAUACACUUUUUGAGAAGUAUCCAACAAUAUAACAACAGCUUUCAAAUGACUUCAUUUGGGGCAACAAAUGUAGUUCGGGAAAAUUUUAUGCCCACUUUCAAGAUACAAGGCCAAAUAUAUCACAGAGCAGGUUCACUGUUACCAGUGUCAGAUAGCGACAACAAAUUCCUGCAAAUUUAUUUUAUGGGCAAUUCACCACAAGAAAUUGAUCUGCGUUGUGCGCAUAACAAUUUAGUAAAGAGGUCUAUUAUAGAACAAUUACAAACUUUAUUUCAUGAGCACAAUCAAUUGAUUCUAUUGUUUAAAACUGCACUAGAUCUGAUGCCAUCUGAUGAUCACAAAAUUGUAAUCAGAGCUGAUAAAACACCUGCGGGUCAACAUGCAAGACGUUUUAAUGCACCAACUAUUGAUGAAGUUGCUAUUGUUGUAGUUGGAGAAGACUUGGAAUCCCGUGAUAUUGUUUUACACCGUCGGAAUGAUCAAUUACAACGUAUAAAAGAAACGCACCGCUCAUAUGAUGCACUACAACAUCCCAUUAUAUUUUGGAAAGGUGAAGAUGGCUAUGAUUUCUCAAUAAAAAUGAUAAAUCCCAUUACAGGUUCUGAAACCAACAAAAAAGUCAGUUCAAUGAACUAUUAUUCAUACCGCCUAAUGAUUCGGGAAAAUGAAGACAAUCACAUACUGAAAUGUCGGCGUUUAUAUCACAAAUAUGUUGUUAAAAUUGAAACGGAGAGAUUAACAUUUGUCAGGUUGAAUCAAACCAAACUGCGAUCUGAAGAGUACAUUCACCUUCGAGAUGCGAUCAAUACUGAUGGAAAUGCACAGAAUGUUGAUCGGAUGACUAUUCUUCCAGCAACAUACAUCGGAAGCCCUCGACAUAUGCACGAAUAUGCUCAAGAUGCCAUGUCGUAUGUUCGUCAUUAUGGUACAGCAGAUUUGUUCAUCACAUUUACAUGCAAUCCGCAAUGGAUAGAAAUCAAGCAGGAGUUAUUCCCUGGGCAAUCACCCAUUGAUCGUCAUGAUAUUACAGCCAGAAUCUUUAGACAAAAGUUGAAAUCUUUAAUGGAUUUCAUCGUAAAACAUAAUGUGUUUGGUGAGACACGCUGCUGGAUGUAUUCUGUGGAGUGGCAGAAACGAGGAUUGCCACAUGCACACAUUUUGAUUUGGUUGGUUGAAAAGAUAAGGCCAAAUGAAGUUGAUGCAGUGAUAUCAGCUGAAAUUCCUGAUGUACAAGUAGAUCCUGGAUUGCAUGAGGUAGUUAUCAAAAACAUGAUACACGGUCCCUGUGGAACUCUUAAUCAAAAUUCACCGUGUAUGAUAGACGGUAAAUGUUCAAAACGAUAUCCACGGACAUUCAUAUCGGAAACAAUUACUGGUAAUGACGGUUAUCCACUUUAUCGUCGCCGAUCGACAGCAGACAAUGGAAGAUCAACAAUUAUCAAAUUAAACCAACAAGAUAUUGAAAUAGAUAAUCGUUGGAUUGUUCCAUAUUCACCCAUUUUAUCAAAGAACUUCAAAGCACACAUCAACGUUGAAUCUUGCCAUUCAGUGAAAUCUAUUAAAUACAUUUGCAAAUAUGUAACCAAAGGGAGUGAUAUGGCUGUGAUUGGAAUUGGUGCAGAGAAUUCCAAUGAUGAAGUUACCCAAUACCAAAUGGGCCGCUAUGUUAGUAGUAAUGAAGCAGUUUGGCGAAUAUUUUCUUUUCCUAUUCAUGAGAGACAUCCUACUGUCGUUCACUUAGCUGUGCAUUUAGAAAAUGGACAAAGAGUGUAUUUUACAGCACAGAAUGCAGUACAAAAAGGUGCUCAGCCACCAUCUACUACAUUAACCAGUUUUUUUGAGACAUGCCAAAACGAUAACUUUUCACAAACAUUGCUAUAUUCCGAAAUGCCAAAAUAUUAUACUUGGAAUCAGUCCUCAAGGAGAUUUAUACGACGGAAACAAGGAAAUCCAGUUCCAGGAUACCCAGACGUUAGUGUCGUUUUUGAUUUGAUUAAACAAAAAGCAAGAAACUAGAAGCGACUGGAUUUUAAGCUAGCGAGAUAUAUAUCAAAAAUGGUCAACUACUUUAUUUACGCGAAAGAUUUUUCCGCUUCUACCCACCACGAUACUCACUACCACAGCAACGGUCUAAAAACCCUUGAUGAUUUCAAAAAGGACGUAG